UCUGAUCUUUCAUCUAUCACAGAGUAAACCAGAAACUAACAAAAGUAGGGAAUUGAAGACUCCAAAAACAUCAUCUGCAGAAUGUGUUCAACACUUUCAUAUGGAGUUUGUCCCUGUGUCAUAACACCUCAAAAAUACAGAAAAUCAAGUGUGAAAGCUCAACUCCUCAUAUCUUCUCCUACUAAACAAGCAGCCCUCCCUCAAAUCUCUCUACCCGAAAUUCCCAUACGCGAAAUCGUGUACAGACAGUCCCUGAGGAACAGCCUUCAGGUGGAUACAAACAGCAGUCCCAGGUUUCAUCCCAUGUUCCUAGAAGAGGCAUAUCAACGUUGCAGGAACAUCUGUGCAGAAUAUGCAAAAACCUUCUACUUAGGUACACAGUUGAUGACAGAAGAGCGACAGAAAGCAAUAUGGGCUAUUUAUGUAUGGUGCAGGAGGACAGAUGAACUAGUUGAUGGCCCCAAUGCAGGAUACAUGAGCUCUGCAGUUCUUGACAGGUGGGAAGAGAGAAUAGAAGACAUCUUCAACUACCGGCCAUUUGAUAUGCUUGAUGCUGCACUUUCUGAUACUAUCCACAAAUUCCCUUUAGACAUUAAGCCAUUCAAGGACAUGAUAGAGGGAAUGAGAAUGGACACGAGAAAGAACCGGUAUGCGAAUUUCGAGGAGCUCUAUAUGUACUGCUACUAUGUGGCUGGAACAGUGGGACUAAUGAGUGUUCCAGUAAUGGGGAUUGCACCAGAAUCCCCACUUUCUGCUCACACUAUAUAUCAUGCAGCACUUCACUUAGGCAUUGGGAAUCAGCUAGCAAACAUCCUCAGAGAUGUUGGAGAAGAUGCACUGAGGGGGAGGGUAUAUCUGCCUCAAGAUGAGCUAGCAAGAUUUGGAUUGAGCGACGAGGAUAUUUUCGCGGGGAAGGUGAGUGACAAAUGGAGAGAGUUCAUGAAAGAGCAGAUCAGAAGGGCAAGAUUCUACUUCAAUCUAGCUGAGGAGGGUGCUUCUCACCUUGACAAAGCUAGUCGUUUGCCGGUUUGGGCAUCUCUAAUGUUGUACAGAAAGAUUCUUGAUGCCAUUGAGGAGAAUGAGUAUGAUAAUUUGACUAAGAGAGCAUAUGUUGGGAGGCUGGGAAAGCUUGUUACUUUGCCUCUAGCUUAUAGUAGAGCUCAAUCUGUGCCCAGUUUGGCAUUUUUGUAGAUAUACAUGCCUGUAACUAAACAUUUAUACAUAUAAAUCAUUCCC